AUGUCCAUCCUACAUACCAUCAUCAAGGAGAUGAAGAACGACGAGGCGCGGGACCCACUACAAGCUUCAACGAUCAGACCGCUAUUUAACAGAAUCGUCAAAGAGCAUCCAGAGCUGUUGGCCGAAAAAGACAUCAAAGGCAGAACCCCGCUGUAUCGCGCCAUACACUACCACAGAAGAGCCUCCGUCUUGGUAGACUGCAUACUGGAGAACUGCGAGAACCAGCUUGUGAAGCAGCAUGUUGAUUUUGCACUUGAGCAGAAGUAUGGAACCAGCGACAGCUGGAAAACAUGCUUGACUUUGGCAUUUGAGAACAACAUGAAUGCAAGUGUGCUGCAACGUCUAGUCAAGCAUGCGAGCGAGACUGCUCUCAAGCUUCAGGAUAAUAUUACGUACAAGAGAAAGAAAGGUAAAACGGAAGAAAUCGAGACUUCCGUCUACGGCGAGCUCGAGAGAACAUUCAAGGAGCAUCAGAAGCAGAACAAGUUAGGAAAGAGAGACGAAACGGGCAUCAAAACAGCGGGCAGAUCCUCUCGUGUCAAUGGACAUGGACCAGCGAAGACAGACCACAAGUUGAAGGCCCCAAAAUCUUCCAAAGUGACAACCAUUCAAGAUGAGAUUCCCGGCACAAACAUGAAGAAGAAUGGGGAGUCUGAAGUUCACCCGAAGAAUGAUGACACGCCCACCACCAAACUUGCGCGCGGUGACCCUACCCCAAAACAACUCAGACACCCAAAGGAGUGA